AUGGCUGCACCAGCCACCUACAGUCUCCCAAAGUCGGCGUCGCACCCUUCGCUGCCCCCGCGCCCUCCGACUACCAAGCUCCCCGGUGGCUUCAAGCCUGCCUUCUCGGCCGCCCCGACACAUCCGCCGGCUCCCUCAGUCCCCGGUUACUCGGCGCCGCCCUCAUACCCAGGCUACGGCGCCGCUGCCGCACCCGGCUAUGGCGCGCCCCCUUCAGCAGCGCCCUACGUGGGCAACCCAUCAACUCCCUCCGUAGGAGCUGGAUAUGGUCAACCAGGAACAUACAACUAUCAACAACAAAGCUACCCGCAAGCGCCAGUCGCACAAGCAGCCCCGAGCUACUAUGGCGCUCCCGCUACCAACAGCUAUGCCACACCUCCCCAAAUUCGGAACCCCUUCGCCGCCCCUGUAGCAGCCUCUGCCGGCUCCGCGGGUGACUAUGAUCCAGAAAUGGCGGCUCAGAUAGCGCAAUGGCAAAGCGCUUACAUGCCAAAAGAUCCAUCAGACCCGGCAAACAAGACUGCUGCCAAGGGCACAAAUGGACAAGCAACAGCUGAUACAACCGACCCCAACGUUGGUGGGGACGGGACCGACAAGAAGAAAACGGUAUACCGAGAAGGCGGCGGCAAAAAAUGGCAAGACGACACUCUUCUCGAAUGGGACCCUACCCAUCUACGUCUUUUUGUCGGUAAUCUGGCUGGUGAAACUACAGAUGACUCUUUACUGAAAGCGUUUUCCCGGUGGAAGAGCGUACAAAAAGCCAAGGUUGUCCGUGAUAAGCGAACGACGAAGAGCAAGGGUUUUGGCUUUGUGAGUUUUAGCGACGCAGACGACUUCUUCCAGGCAGCCAAGGAGAUGAACGGCAAGUAUAUCCAGAGUCAUCCUGUGGUUGUGCGCAAAGCGAAGACAGAGAUCAAGCCGCAGGCUGUCAAGGAUGAUAGGAAGGGGAAGCAUCAGCAUAAGAGGGGUAACGGGGGAAAUAAGGCUGGGAAUGGGAUGGGAGGACAGGAGAAGGGCGCUAGGGCUUACGAGCCGCAUCUUGGCCCUGUGGCUGGGGGUGGGAUUGUGAAGCCGGGGCAGAAGACGAAGGGAGGUUUAAAGUUGCUUGGUUGAGUGGAAGUAUUGGCAUUGUUUUCAGCAUUGUUUGAGCCUAUCAUUUGGUCGUU